AUGGCGCGGCACGCUUACUUAGCAAAAGUUGUGCCAUCUCGUAUUGGUGACGAAUGGAUGGUUUUAGCUCUUCGAUCCCGAUAUGUCUCAUUUGACACAGAAUCAUCUCAAAAAGCCACAUUAGACAUCAAAAAUUUAAAUGAACCCCUCUCUCCUCUUCCGUCUUCCUCCUCGGCUGGUCCCAAUGUUUCGCUCCCUGCUGCUGAAACUCAGCGCCGGAGCUCGUCCGUCGCCGCCGAUUCCAUCGACGGCCCACCCCGCCUCUCCCUCCUCUCCCUCUCCACCACCGCCGCCGCCGCCGCCUCGUCCUCUCCUUCCUCAAUCGCCGACGCCCUCGUCCGCGCUCAUGGGUUCCCCCCGGAAUCCGCCCGCGCCGUCGCCGGCGCCGUCGCCCCGAAGCUCGCCCGCUACCUCGACUCCUUCGUCGCCCUCUUCCGGGGCCGCGGGUUCGCCCCAUCCGACAUCGCGAGCAUCCUGACCCGGUGCCCCGACACCCUCGUGUCCAAGGCCAGCAACCUCCUCGAGCCCAAGCUCGAGUUCUUCGAGGAGAACGGCGUCGCCGGCGAAGCCCUCGUCCACGUCCUCGUCAACGACCCGUACGUCCUCGGGCGGAGCCUGAAGUCGCAGCUCGCCCCCUGCUUCGAUUGCCUCGUCAGGUUCUUCGGGAGCCGGGAGGACGUGGCGGCGCAUCUGGUGGUCAAGCGCGGGACUUGGGUCCUGCGCGCCUUCUCCGAAUCGAUGGAGGCCAACAUCGCCACUCUCCGGCGGCACGGCGUGCCGGAUUCCAGCAUCGCGAAGAUGAUGACGCUGCGGCCCAGGACGCUGUCGCGGGACAAGGGUCAGUUCAGCGACAUCGUGGAUGAAAUUAAGGGAAUGGGGUUCGAUCCGUCCUCCUUGUUGUUCGUCCACGGCGUGAUCUCGAUGGCCGGAAUGAAGCGCCCGAAAUGGGCGGCGAAGAUGGCUGUUUUCAAGAAGUUUGGAUGGUCGGACGAGCAGGUUAAGGCGGCGUUCUUGAAGCAGCCCAAGGUGAUGGGCUUGUCUGAGGAGAAGAUGGAGAAGGUGUUGAAAUUUUUCAUGAACGGGUUGGGAUGGACCCCGGAUGUCUUGGUCACGUAUCCCACCAUUUUCAUGGCGAGCUUCGAGAACUGCAUUUUGCCCAGGCUGUCCAUUCUUCUCACCUUGGUGUCGGCCCGCCUUUUGAAGAGGGAGUCGGUGCCGGGUGGACUCGUGCUGUCUGAAUCUGUGUUCUUGAGGCGGUUUGUGAUGCGGAAUUCUGUCAAGGCACCCCAUAUUCUGCUGAUGUACCACAAUAAAGAAGUUCUGCCGCAAUUCAACGUUGUUGAGGACUUGCCGAAAAGACCGGUAGAGGGUGACCAGUGUUUGUAGUAUCUUGUUACAUGAGCUUUGGAGGAGGUCCGAGUAGUUUUCUGCUGAUGCGGGAUGCCGAUGUUACAUCGGAUUUUCAAUUCAGACUAGGACAGUUCUUUUCUUUUCUUUUUCUUUUUCUUUUAGGUUUUCUGAAACUCUUAGUGAGAAUUUUGCUUAUGAUGAUCGCUAUUUAAAAAUUUGGAUUUAGGUUCUUGUUUCCCAUGGGGAUGUUCAUGUUGUAUCAUGGGUGCAUUUGCUGAAAGAAAGCACUCCUAAGGGGUCGCGAGGAUUUCUCUUCAACACUGUCCUGUAGCUGAAGUUUGUGGCAGCAAUUGAACUAUUGUUAUGAAAAGAGUUCUUAAUGCGUGCA